CCACCAGGAUUCUGGUGCUCCCGAGGCCGCACUGACUCUGCACCCAGCACCCAGGCCCCACAGGGGGCAUCCAGGGCCACUCCUGCCAGUCAGACUGACCCCUGCCUCGAGGGGCCUCCAGAAGCCAAUGCUGGAGGGCUCGCUGCUCCUCAAAUGCCGUCACUUCGCUAGCAGUGCUGGGACAGCUAGAGGGGCACUCCCUGCCAGAGCUCUGCUGGUCCCGGUGAGUGGACAGCCCUGCAGGGAGGGGGGCACCCUGCCAGACACCAGCUCAGUUUGGCCUGGAAGAGCCACCCCUCCAUGCCCAUCCCCAGGGGCUUGCCCCCCAGCUCAGCUGCAGCCAGGCCUCGGCCUUGGUGUUGGCGGUACGACGUCCUGAGAGAUGACCAUGGGUUGGCGGGCCUGGCUGCUGCUGCUGCUGCUGCUGCUGCUGCUUGGGUGGCCACGGCCAGGGCGGCCAGACCUACAGGACGUGGACACUGUGCUACCAGGAUACAAGAAUUCUUCGCUGCUCUCCUGGCCGUGCGGCCAGCAGACAGUCCCCACUCGCAUCAUCGGCGGCCAGGACUCGGAGCUGGGGCGCUGGCCCUGGCAGGGCAGUUUGCGUUACUGGGACACGCACAUCUGCGGGGCCAGCCUGCUCAACCGCCGCUGGGUGCUAUCUGCUGCUCACUGCUUCGAGCAGAGCAGCCACCCCUUUGACUGGUCGGUGCAGUUCGGGGAGAUCUCCUCGUCCCCAUCCUUCUUCAACCUGCAAGCCUACAACAACCGCUACCGCGUGGAGCAGAUCAUACUCAGCCCCCAGUUCCUGGGCACGGGGCCCUAUGACAUCGCCCUGCUCAAGCUGUCCUCGCCCGUCACCUACGACUCCUUUGUGCAGCCCAUCUGCGUGCUGCCCUCCACGUACCAGCUGCGCAACCAGAACAACUGCUGGAUCACGGGCUGGGGGGAGAUCGCAGAGGACACCUCCCUGCCGUACCCCUCCACCCUCCAGGAGGUGCAGGUGGGCAUGAUCAACAACUCCGUGUGCAGCCACCUGCUCUCCAUGCCCGACUUCCGCCAGGACGUCUGGGGGGACAUGGUGUGUGCCGGGGACGCUGAAGGCGGCAAGGACGCCUGCUUUGGCGACUCCGGGGGACCCCUGGUCUGCAAGACUCGCGGGCUGUGGGUGCAGGUGGGCGUAGUGAGCUGGGGCAUCGGCUGCGGCCGCCCCAACCGGCCUGGCAUCUACACCAACGUCAGCCAGCACUUCCGCUGGAUCCAGUCGUUCCUCAGCGGGAGCAGCUCAGCUGGGCAGGCCCCCUGCCUCCUACUGCUGCUCGGCUCUGUGCUCUGGCUGCUGCACCCCCAGACCUGACUCGAGGACCACCCGGUCCCGCUCCUGCCUUCCGCUCAUUACUAAUAAAGGAGGUUGCCUGUUGGAGUGGA